AACAGCUGUGAGUGUCAGCCGCCUGGAAACAAACUUAUUACUCGUAGUUUUAGACACAACUUUCUUUUUUUUGUUUCUACAAAGUUAUUUUUAUAGUUUUUCAUUACACUUGAGGUUCAGCAGAGGUGCUCUCAAAUGAUACAGGCUGUGAAAAGCGUCAGACACCUGACGUCCAGCACAAUGAAACAAGCAGUUUCAGAGCUCUGUCUACCGGUCCCAUGGGGAGAAAUCAAAGGUAAAGUCUGGGGCCCGGAUCACGGUCCUCCUGUGUUGUGCCUGCACGGUUGGGCUGAUAACUGUGGUACAUUCAACACUAUCAUUCCUCUUUUGCCCAAAGAGUGCAGAUACGUGGCAGUGGACCUGGCAGGUCAUGGUCUGUCUUCACAUCGUCCACCUGGAGCCUUCUACUCCUUUCCUCUGUAUGUGGCGGAUAUACGCAAAGUUGUUGACGCUCUCCAGUGGAGCAAAUUCUCCAUCAUCGGCCACAGUAUGGGUGGUAACAUUGCUGGAAUGUUCAGUGCACUGUACCCGGAGAUGGUGGAUGCUGUCGUAUUGCUGGACUCUUAUGGAUUCUUACCCACAGAUCCGAAAGAAAUGCCCAAAGUGAUAAGACAGGGGAUGGAUGAAAUGCUUGAGUUUGAAAAGAAGUCUAAAGACAAGAAGGAGCGAGUUUACACUUUUGAGAAGGCAGUUGAGAGGCUGUUGGCUGCAAACCCAACUCUGUCUGAAGACUCUGUGAAGAUCCUUUUAGAGCGAGGUCUAGUUCAAGUUGAAGGAGGAGUUAUGUUCUCCCGAGACUUUCGUAUUAAUCUGAAAAACAUAGUGCGUAUCAGUCUGGAGCAGAGUCUGGAGAUGCAGUCAAGGAUACAAGCUUCUGUUCUGGUUGUUCUAGCAGAAGAAGGCUUUGAGAAAAUAUUUGCUGAACCAGAUCAAAAGAAAUUCACAUCAGCGCUUCUCCAGGCCUAUAGAGACAGAAAUCACACGGUGGUGAUGGUACCAGGCGGCCAUCACGUCCAUCUGAAUAAUCCUGAGUUUGUUGCUCCGCUUGUGUCUGACUUCCUGCAGACCAGAGUGUUGUCACAGUCAGCCAGACAAGCAAAAGAAGACACCUCUAAGUUAUAAGAAAAUAUUUUAUGUCAACAUAUAUUCAUAUGACACAGCUGACCUCAAGUUUUAAAUGUUUGUUUCUGGCAGUUGUCAUUUACUCAACGUGCUGCUUUAUCCUCAGUCAACCAGCUGUUUUAAUAUCAACUAGUUGCCAUAUGCUACUUAUUGGUGGGCUCUUUUUAUUUAUAUAUAUAUAUAUAUAUAUUAUUAAAUGGAAAAAUCCCAUGAAAAUUCACUGCUCACAAUGGCAUAAUAAGACAUUAAAAGAAUAGCUACCUUGAUAUAAACUGGCAAAAGGCUUUUAUAUUGUCAAGGGUAUGUAUCAUCAUAUUACCCUCUCCUACAUGACAAUUUGAUAUGAAUCUUCUGGGGAUAAAGCAGGAAAGAGACAGAUGAUGGCUGAUCUUUAAUAAUCUCUUUGUCAACUCCAAACCACAAAUACAGAAGUAAUCACCUCUUCCUGUCAGCUUUUUGGCUGCACCAGGCUGGAAAGUGCUCUUUCUCUGCCCUCUCUGGUCUGUUUCACCUCUGACAUAAGGCUGUCACAGUAUACUGGUAUUGACAAGAGAUCUUUUUUUUAAAAUUAAGUAUUGAUAUCAUGUUAAUAAUGCACAUAUGAUAAUAAAUUGAAAAUAAUCCAGUGCCUCUUUAAUGUUUAGUUUCUUUCUAUUCUAAUUUUGUCUCCCUCCCUCAAUGCUCCACGCCCAUCCACACCUCCACACACACACCUUGUGGAUCUUUUAUUAGUUCACCUCUUCGCCUUGUGUGUAAUUGUUCUUUUUGUAUGCUUUUGCACAGUUAUGGCUACAGAUUCUCUCUCCACCUACCUACACUCUUAGUUGGAGUGUAAGUCAUUUGCCAGAAAAGAGACAAAACA